CGCUCGACAAUGGCUCGUGUGGCGUCGACGUGGAUGCUCGCUACGCUCCUCGCCGCGUUGCUUCUCCUUCUCGCGACCCCAGCUGGUUCCGCCGCUGCGCCCGCGGAAGGCGGCAGCACGGGCACCGUCAUCGGCAUCGACCUCGGCACCACCUACUCCUGCGUCGGCGUCUACCGGAACGGCCGUGUCGAGAUCAUCGCCAAUGACCAAGGCAACCGGAUCACCCCCUCCUGGGUCGCCUUCACCGACGGCGGCGAGCGGCUCAUCGGCGAGGCCGCCAAGAACCAGGCGGCCGCCAACCCGGAGCGCACCAUCUACGACGCCAAGCGCCUCAUCGGCCGCGACUUCGCCGACGCCGUCGUGCAGCGGGACAUCAAGCUGCUGCCCUACUCCGUCGUCGACCGCAACGGCAAGCCGCACAUCCAGGUGCAGGUCAAGGACGGCGACGUGCGGGUCUUCAGCCCAGAGGAGGUCAGCGCCAUGGUGCUUACCAGGAUGAAGGAGACCGCCGAGGCCUACCUCGGCGAGAAGGUCACGCACGCCGUCGUCACCGUGCCGGCCUACUUCAACGACGCGCAGCGACAGGCCACCAAGGACGCCGGCGUCAUCGCCGGCCUCAACGUCAUCCGAAUCGUCAACGAGCCCACCGCCGCCGCCAUCGCCUACGGCAUCGACGAGAAGGGGCCCGAGAAGAACGUCCUGGUCUUCGACCUCGGCGGCGGCACCUUUGAUGUCAGCGUGCUCUCCAUCGACAAUGGCGUCUUCGAGGUCCUGGCCACAAACGGCGACACGCACCUCGGCGGUGAGGAUUUCGACCAGCGCCUCAUGGACUACUUCAUCAAGCUCAUUAAGCGGAAGCAUGCCCGGGACAUCACCGGUGACCUGCGCGCCCUGGGCAAGCUGCGGCGCGAGUGCGAGCGCGCCAAGCGUGCGCUCAGCAACCAGCACCAGGUGCGCGUCGAGAUCGAAUCCCUCUUCGACGGCGUCGACUUGUCGGAGCCGCUCACCAGGGCACGGUUCGAGGAGCUCAACAACGACCUUUUCCGCAAGACGAUGGUGCCCGUGAAGAAGGCCAUGGCUGACGCCGGGCUCAACAAGGCUGACAUCGACGAGAUCGUGCUCGUCGGUGGCAGCACCAGGAUUCCCAAGGUGCAGCAGCUCCUCAAGGACUACUUCAACGGCAAGGAACCCAACAAGGGGGUAAACCCCGACGAGGCCGUCGCGUACGGCGCCGCCGUGCAGGCCAGCAUCGUGAGCGGGCACGUCGACGAGAACACCAAAACCAUGAUCCUGAUCGACGUCGCGCCGCUUACACUAGGCAUGGAGACGGUCGGCGGCGUCAUGACGAAGCUGAUCCCGAGGAACACGGUGGUGCCGACGAAGAAGACACAGGUGUUCACCACGUACCAGGACAAGCAGACCACCGUGUCCAUCAAGGUCUACGAGGGCGAGAGGAGCAUGACCAAGGACAACAGGCUCCUCGGCAAGUUUGAUCUCUCUGGGAUCCCGCCGGCUCCGAGGGGCACGCCCCAAAUCGAGGUGACCUUCGAGGUGGACGUCAAUGGCAUCCUGCACGUGAAGGCGGCGGACAAGGGAACCGGCAAGUCGGAGAAGAUCACCAUCACCAACGAGGGCCGUCGGCAUAGCCAGGAGGACAUCGACCGGAUGGUGCGCGAGGCAGAGGAGUUCGCCGAGGCGGAUCUCAAGGUCAAGGAAAGGGUCGACGCCAGGAACAAGCUAGAGUCUUACGUGUAUGGCAUCAAGGACACCGUCGACGGCAAGAUGGCCGACGCCAUGGACAAGGAUGAGAAGAACAAGGUCGAGGAUGCAAUGAGGGAGGUGAACGAGUGGCUCGACGACAACGCAGAGGCGGCAGACAAGGAGGACUAUGACGAGAAGCUCCGGGAGCUGGAAGACGUGUGCAACCCCAUCAUUACGGCGGUGUACCAGAGGUCCGGAGGUGCACCGGAUGACCACACCGCUGAGGAGGACUACGAUCAUGAUGAACUCUAGGCAGAUGCAUGCAGCUUGUUUGAUCUUUAGUAUCACUAUUUUUUUUUUUCUAGAACUACUUGUACAUAUGCACGUUCCUGUAAUAAUAGGUCUUUUUUUUAGUGUUAUGUAAUAAUAGGUCUUGAUAUUGGUUUAUGUAACCUAUUAAUCU